AACCGCGCAAAGGGAAACCUCACCCUCACUCUCUAUCUCCAAAAACCUCCCCACAAGCAAAAUAUUAACACCAAAAGCUCAACCAUUCUCACCACACGAAGACGACGACGACGACGAGAGCUCCGAGCUUCGACGCCACAACAAUGGCGCUUCUCCGCACCCCUCCUCCUCUCCGUCUCCGAUUCGUCGUCCACCGCCUCUUCUCCUCCUCCUCUUUCUCCUCCUCACACUCCUCCUUCGCCGCCCUUCGCUCUCGCCCCUUACCCAUCUCCCGCCUCUUCAUUCGACCCAGGGUUUGGAACGUCCGGGUCCAGAGGGGUGGAGUGGGAGUGAGGGCUUUCAUGUCCUCGACCAUCUCCUCCGAGGCCCUACAGGAGAAGCCGCCGACCUCACAAGCAUACGGUUCUGAGCAGAUUCAGGUAUUAGAAGGGUUGGAUCCAGUCCGAAAGAGACCUGGAAUGUACAUCGGGAGCACGGGAUCCCGUGGAUUGCAUCAUUUGGUGUACGAAAUAUUGGACAAUGCUAUUGAUGAAACUCAAGCAGGAUAUGCUUCAAAGAUUGAUGUAAUUUUGCACGAGGACAAUUCUGUUAGCAUUACCGACAAUGGACGGGGGAUUCCGACAGAUUUACAUCCUGUGACAAAGAAGUCCUGCUUGGAGACUGUUUUGACGGUCUUACAUGCAGGAGGCAAGUUUGGCGGCUUGAGCAGUGGCUAUAGUGUCUCAGGUGGAUUGCAUGGUGUGGGUUUGUCUGUUGUCAAUGCUUUAUCUGAGGCACUAGAAGUUACUGUUUGGCGUGACGGCAAGGAAUACCGACAGAACUAUGCUCGUGGAAAACCAGUGACAGCUUUAACAUGUCAGUUAUUGCCAACUGAAUCAAGUGCUCAGGGAACAUGUAUCAGAUUUUGGCCUGACAAAGAGGUUUUUACUACUACAAUUCAGUUUGACUUCAACACAAUUUCUGGGCGUAUUCGGGAACUUGCUUUCUUGAAUCCGGGGGUUACCAUUACAUUAACAAAGAAAGAAGGCGACUCAAAAAUACAACAUAACGAGUAUUGCUUCGCAGGUGGCUUGGUUGAGUAUGUUAAAUGGUUAAACACUGAUAAGAAACCACUCCAUGACACUGUAGCAUUUAGGAAAGAAGCAGAUGGAGUCAUAGUGGAUGUUGCACUUCAAUGGUGCUUUGAUUCGUAUACUGAUACAAUGUUAGGAUACGCCAAUAGCAUCCGUACAAUUGAUGGUGGUGCCCAUAUAGAAGGAAUGAAGGCUUCUUUGACAAGAACCAUCAAUAACCUUGCAAAGAACUCUAAGGUUAUCAAGGAAAAAGAUAUUAUCUUAAGCGGCGAGCAUGUAAGAGAAGGAUUGACAUGUAUUGUCUCUGUUAAGGUUCCAAACCCUGAAUUUGAAGGCCAAACGAAGACUAGACUGGGAAAUCCAGAAGUGCGAAAAAUUGUUGAACAGUGUGUUCAAGAACAUCUGACAGAGUACUUAGAGUUGCAUCCUGAUGCAUUGGAUUCAAUUCUCGCCAAAUCCCUUAAUGCUCUGAAGGCUGCAAUGGCGGCCAAGCGGGCUAGAGAAUUGGUGCGGACAAAAAGUGUCUUGAAAUCUUCUUCCCUUCCUGGGAAACUAGCUGAUUGUUCGUCUACUAAUCCUGAAGAAUCUGAGAUAUUCAUAGUGGAAGGUGAUUCAGCAGGAGGUAGCGCAAAGCAAGGUCGCGAUAGGAGAUUUCAGGCUAUUUUGCCUUUGAGGGGCAAAAUUCUGAACAUUGAAAGGAAGGACGAAGCAGCUAUGUACAAAAAUGUAGAAAUUCAAAAUCUCAUUCUUGCUCUUGGACUGGGGGUGAAGGGAGAGGAUUUUAAGAAGGAAAACUUGCGAUAUCAUAAGAUCAUAAUCCUGACUGAUGCUGAUGUGGACGGCGCUCACAUACGGACUCUCCUACUUACUUUUUUCUUUAGAUACCAGAAAGCUCUCUUUGAGGAAGGUUGUAUUUAUGUUGGUGUCCCACCUCUCUACAAGGUUGAGCGUGGGAAGCAAGCACGCUACUGCUACGAUGAUGCAGAGCUGAUACAUUUACAGAAGACUUUUCCAACAAGUGCUUCAUAUCAUAUCCAAAGGUUCAAAGGGUUGGGUGAAAUGAUGCCAUUGCAGCUAUGGGAAACGACAAUGGACCCAGAAAAAAGGCUACUAAAGCAGUUGGUGGUAGAAGAUGCUGCUGAGGCAAAUGUUGUAUUUUCUUCUCUUAUGGGUGCUCGUGUCGAUGUUAGGAAAGAGCUAAUUCAGAACUCAGCAAGCAUGAUCAAUUUGGAAAAUCUUGAUAUCUGACACCGAUUCAA